CCGGUUGAGUGAUGGAGGAGUGAGACGUGAUUGCGAUAGCUCUGACAUAUUUGUCUUUACUAUAACACAAAACUCAUGUAAAUCCGCUCUAAACAUCCUCGGAACGACGAAAAGAAACACACACAAGAGUAAUAUUUAGACCGACAGAGGAAAAGAUGUCAAAAAAGGGAAAACCCAAGAAAAAUGAGGAACAAGAACUAGGCCCUGCUCAGUCCUCGGACUCGAGUGACACAACCCAGCCACCCGGUGAUAUGAAUGACGUCGCAGACCCUCCAAACCGUACAGUGCUAGCCGCUAUUGCUGCCUUACGAAGCGAAGUUGCCCAGAUUAAGGGUGAUAUAUGCUCGUCCAUAGAUGCACGAAUACAAACUGUUUGCACCGAACUAAGAGGCGAACUUGCCACAACUAAAAAAGAGAUUCAAACUUCCAUUACAGCACUUGAGGGGAACACAUCCUCGCACGAGAAAACUAUUAAAGACCUAGAGAGAUCAGCCUCACUCCAGUCCGACGAUAUUACUGCUCUCCAAAGUCAAGUAACGCGGUUGAAAUCUGAGGUGGAUAAAUUAGUCACUAAAUGUGAGGACUUAGAAGGAAGGUCAAGACGACACAACAUUAGAAUCAUCGGAAUCCCAGAAGGAGCAGAAGGAUUCGCUCCACGCGACUUUGUCGCUGACCUACUGCAAGAAGUGCUAUCUCUAGAGGCGAAGCCACUUAUUGAUCGAGCGCACCGGACCCUCCGUAGAAGACCUGAUCCGCAAGAGCCCCCAAGACCCAUCGUCCUGAGACUUCAUUACUAUCAUGUGCUAGAGGGCAUACUACGGAAAGCCAUCACGGCGAGACAACUCUUCUACGAAGGCAAGAGAAUCCAAAUCUUUCCCGACUACCCUCCGGCCGUAGCUAAGCGUAGGGCGUUAUUCAAUCGCGCCAGGGAGCUGUUACGAGACAGGCCCGGUGUGAAGUAUGGUCUGCUAUACCCCGCAAGACUACUGGUUACAUUCAACAGAACACAAACUUCCUUCACAGACGCCAAAAAAGCUGAAGAAUACGCCGAAGGACUGUUUGCUCCAAAACCGUCGACUUCGACAAAUGACAUGGAAUCUCAGGAAUAGUUUUUGCUCGCUGGCUGAUAAGCUUGAUGACUAACGCAUAACACCGCCUGCCAGAGUAGCCGUGCCUGUCUACUAACCUUAGCCUACAUAAUGGUAAGACUACAUUUUCUAAAUGGUAGGAUACGGGGAUUCUCCAAAGGGAGGUUUGUGCCAUUUGUAGCCUAAACCUACAGGAAGACUGUAUUUUUUUUUUGUCUGGUGGGCACCUUUAUGUUAAUACAAACGUUAAGAUGCUACUUUUAAAUGUGCUCAAACGAUUGAGUGCAGCCUAUCUUGUUCUGUUUUGGGUUAUUGAUCAGUAGGCCUAGUCUAGGCUAGGCUAUAGCCUAUUUUCCGUCUCAAUACAGUUUACUAAAAAUGUUUUAUGUUAUCCAUUGUUCCCUUGUUUGACACAAAUGUGAUAAGGGGGAUAUGUUUGAAAUGUACCUAUAUCUGAUUGUUUCUAAAUCAGAUCUUAUCUGAAUCAGAAUUGUUUAAAUUAUGAUUGCAAUUAAUGUUUUGAGUAUACAGCAUACAAAUAUGUGCUGUUUGAUUCUGAAUUCAGGGUGUUGCAGAGCAAAUAGAUUAAUAGACCUAAAAGUGUAUAUCUGUAACCUCCAAUAGUUUACUGUUCCUCCUAUAGAUUUGCUAAUUGGGUGUAGGCAGGUGUGAAAUACAUCUGCCUUAAUGUUCGUUUGUUUCCUUUUCUCCAAUCAAGUUCUUUGGAAUUAAGUUUCAGAGCUGUUAGAUCUUAGAAGCAGGCCAUGUGCACGGAAGUAAGCAUAGUAUACAGUAUUUGUUCUUUUUUCUUCUUUUCUUUUCUAUCUGCAUUUUUAUUAUUAUUUGUUUGCACUAAGAAGGCUCGCGCCUAUCACUUUGACCUGGCUAGAGUAAUUUGGUUUGUCUUCUUUUAUUUUAUUAAUGUGUGGUUCUGGUUGACAUGGGAAAAGAGGUAUGGGUUGGGGGAGGUAGUGGC